AUGUUUCUGUAUGGGGUUUGUAGAGAGCUGAGGGUUUAUUUAGCAUUGGUUGCAGGUGUAGCAGAUCGUCUUAGUACACAGCAGGGAACGGAAGGUGCAGGCCAGCAGCAGCAGCAACAGCAGCAGCAGCAACAGCAGCAGCAGCCGCAGCAGCAGCAGCAGCAGCAACAGCAGCCGCAGCAGCAGCAGCAGCAGCGGUUGGACAAUUCGUUCUUCCAGCAGCAGCAGCAGCAGGUGCAGGCGCAGUUGCAGCAGCAGCAGCAGGUGCAGGCGCAGUUGCAGCAGCAGCAGCAGCUUCUGCUGCAGCAGCAGCUUCUGCUGCAGCAGCAGCAGCUCGAUAGACACCCCAACCCCUUUCUGCUGCCCCACUACGCCCAACCCCUCAAUUCAGGUGUAUACGCAGCUCCUAUACAUCCUCCCCUAAUGCAGUAUGUAGGCGCAUGCAACCAUGGUGGUGCUGCUGCUGCUGCUGCUGCUGCUGCAGCAGGAGCACCCGUACUAGGUCUACUUGACCACCAGAUGCUGCAGCAGCAGCAGCAGCAGCAGCAGCAGCAGCAACAGCAACAGCAGCAGCAGCAGCAGCAGCAGCAUGCAUGCAUCCACACAUUCGCCUCUCCACCGGGAGCAUCCACACCAACUAUUAAUUUGUUUGCUGCUGCUGCUGCUGCAGCACCAACAGCAGCAGCAGCAGCAUCUGCUGCUGCUGCUGCUGCUGGCGAUGCUCCCGUAAGCUGCGACAGCAAAAGUGCAGCAGAUGCAGCAGCAGCAUCAGCAGCAGCAGCAGCAGCACCACCACCAUCCACAGCAGCAACAGCAGCAGCAGCAACUGCAGCAGCAGCAACAGCAGCAGCAGCAGCAGCAGCAGCAGCAAACGGAUUGUCGCAGCGAGGAGAACUCAGGGAGAUAGAGGUAGAGGCUAGCAGCAGCCAGGAGAGAAUAUAA